AUGGACAUUGAAAAGGAGAAAGAUUUUAUUGUGAGGAGACGAAAGAAACAACAGAACGAUGUUUCAUGGCGUCAUAAUACUAUUACGGAUAAAUGUGGUGCCUCGUUUGAAUCUGCAAAUGCGAUGGUCUUGGCAGAAAGGUCUUUAUUUGUUUGGCUGCUCCUGUUUAGAAUACUAAAUGCAAUUCUCAUCAAGACUUUUUUUGUCCCUGACGAAUUCUGGCAGGGACCAGAAAUUGCUCACAGAGUGGUAUUUGGUUAUGGUUACUUAACAUGGGAAUGGAAAGAAGGCCUCAGGGGCUGGACUUCGCCACUGAUCUUUGCAGCAAGCUAUAAGUUGUUAGCUGUUCUUGGAAUGGACUCUGCAAAAACUCUUGUUGUGGUACCCAGGUUGGUUCAGUCAUUUUUUGCCGCAUUUGGGGAUUUGUUUUUGUACAAGCUGGCAGUUAAAAGGUUUAAUCUUCAAACUGGUAGAUGGACGCUUAUCUGCUACUUAAUGUCCUGGUUCACAUUCUACAGUGUGACAAGAACUUUGACAAAUUCUUUAGAAACUGUUCUAACAACAAUAGCCCUUUAUUACUGGCCUUGCGACAUAAAAAAGGAAAAUAAUGCUAAAGAUGUCGUUAAAGCUCUCAGUUUUGCAGCUUUUUCUUGCAUCAUCAGACCAACUGCCGCAAUAAUUUGGAUCCCACUAUGUAGUUGGUAUUUAAUUUUCUCACCAAACAAACUAGGAUUUAUAUUUAGAUGUGUUGUACCAGUUGGAAUGAUGGCCCUGUUGUGGUCACUGAUUUUGAACAGUUGGUUUUAUGGAAAGAGGACACUAGUGGAGCUCAAUUUUGUCAAGUUUAAUGUCAUUAAUGACAUGGGGACGUUUUAUGGAAGUCACCCGUGGCACUGGUAAGUAGCGUGGGUUAAUUACUACAUAUUAAGUGCCACCCUCGAAUAAGCGCUGUGUUUGGGAGAAAAAUAAUAAGCACUGCCCCCAAAUAAGCACCACGGCCCUGAUAUAAUCAAAAUUAAUUUAUUUAUGUUAGUUUAAUUAUACAGAAAUUAAUAAUACUGUAGUUAAAAUAAUAUUGCAAAUUUUACGGUAGUUUCUGCUUUUAUCUUUUACAACCGUGCAAUUUUACAAGACUUGUAGAUCCAAAUAUUAUCAUAAAUGGAGAUCUUUUUAGAGGUUUCAGAUUUUUGCUAUACAGUUAAACCUCCACCUUUUAACAGCCACCCUCUAGUAAGUUGCCGCAAUCGAAGUCCCAAGUAAUUAUUACUUGGGACUUCGAUUGCCGGCAACAAAGAAUAGGGAAAUAAACCUCUAAUAGGCAGCCCCUGCCACCUUUUGGCCGUCACCUCUAUCAAGCGCUUGAUACACUUAGUUGGCUUAUAGAAGGUGAUAACUGAUUGUGGACGAGUAAUGUUUCCCUCAUCGCGCAUUUGUUUCAAAUUAAAGUGAUGUUUCUGCUAAAGAUUAUGCUCAUUUCUGACAAACCUCUAUUAAGAGGCCAACCUCCAUUAAGCGGCCACUGACUGGUACCCCAAGAGUGGCCACUUAAUGGAGGCUCAACUGUAGAAACAUUCUGUGACCCUAGUCUUAAAUCUUGAUUUCUAAAUAGUCCUUUGUGAGGUGGAAUUAACUGUUGUCAAUGUUUUGAUAUUGCAAUAAUAUUUAGGUACUUGACCCAAGGUUUUCCCGUAGUAAUGUUUACACACUUGAUUCCUUUUCUUGGUGGAAUUUGCAAAGCCAGUUCAAGACAGCAAACACUAGCAUGGCUCAUCUUAUGGACCAUUUGUAUUUACAGGUUUGUAAAAUUUUUAUAUUCACAAACAGGAAUAGCAUAGAGUCUGACAGGCACAAAGCAUACAAGCCUUACACGUGCAUUGGUGUAGGGGCUUGUUUUUUGCAUCUCUUAUCAGUCUUACUCUCUCACUGUCUUCACCCUCACUUUAGACCUUUUAUUUGACUGCUCACAUUUUCAUGACCUGUGCUAAAAUGUGGACAGUAAUUAUGGACUGGUUUGCAGUCUAUACUUUAUUUGUUUUGACAGACAUUUAACAGAAUCAACUUAAAGUAUACUGAUCUCAUGCAACAUUAUUUUUUACAGCUUCCUUGGCCACAAAGAGUUCAGGUUCAUUUUUCCUGUGGUGCCUAUGGCAAUGUGCUUCUGUGGUCUCUUCCUAAGCUCUCUUUGUGAGCCUAUUCUAACCAAAGAAGAGCAAUCCGCUGAUCAUGGCUUCUUGGCAGGGCUUCUUUGGUCUGGAUGGAAAGCAAGGUCACUGAUGAUGUUUUUAGCUGUAACAAAUAUUCCAUUGAUGCUUUACACCAGCACUGUACAUCAGAGAGGAACUAUUGAUGUCAUGGAUUACAUUCAAGUUGAAAGUGCAAAAAUUAGAAAGGAAAAUGAAAUGUUGGUGUUGUUUUUGAUGCCAUGCCAUUCCACACCAUUUUAUAGGUACGGGACAUUGUGUUAUUUUGUUUUAAUUUGCAGGUAGUUAAAUAUUGACCAAUUUUCAUGAAAAUGUAGACUCCCUUCACCAUGUCACUUUCCUUAAGGAAUGAAUUUUGGAAAGCCCUAGCGAAAAUAAUUAUCAAGAGAAAGAAAACAAACAAUGUAAUUUUAUAAAGGUUUGAGGAAUCAAAGGGAAAUACUACAACUUUAAGUAUCAGUAAUUUCUUUGACUUUAAUUUGGUUUGCUUUAUUAUAUCUAGAUUGAUUGUUGAUCAGAAAAAAAUGGUUUUAGUUGCUUCAUGGUGUUGUUGAUGAUUAUUUUUAUUUUUUAAUUGUUUUUGCAAAACAUGUAUAAUUUGAAGAAAACUGAGGGGCUGAGGCCAGGGUAAAACUAAUAAAAUACCAAUAAACUCUCUCUGGCUAAAAUUUUCUUUUGUCCUCCUGACCGCAACUUCUUCAACAUGCAAAAUGAUGAAUCAAGAAAGCAAAAAAAUUCUAAACUAUAGUGUGACAAAACACGAAUACAACAGAAUAAAUUCACAUAAGAAUAAGAAUUAAGAAAGAAUACAUUAAGAAUUUCAGCUAAGAACAAUUACAUUAAUGAGGCCGAUUAGGGUGCACAAAAUGUUAAUAUUAUUGCACGCUAUCUUGGUAAAGUUAUUUAAGUGUAGCUUCUUGUCAGUUUUGUUCACAGAAAUAUCAGCAUGAGAAUAUUAGAAUGUCCACCAAGUGAUGAGCAAGGUUACAUUGAUGAAGCUGAUCAGUUCUUCAUGAAUCCCUCUUCUUGGCUAAUCAAACACUUUGGAAACUCUCUGAACAAUGAAGAACAAGACCAUCUUCCUACUCAUAUUGUCAUGUACAAUGCGCUGUUACCAGUUAGUUAUUUAUGUUAUUGUUUUAUUUGCCUGUGUAAAUACAAUAUUAUUGUAGCAAAAAUCACACUAAAAAAAAUCCAAAUCUUAAGACACAUUGGAGACUUCAAAGGCUUGACACAAUUCAGCAGGCAGAGCAUGCUUUUUUCAUCCUUGAUUACAGUCAAGCCAGGUCAAGCGUACCCCACAAGAUUCCAUUAAUGAAUUUAUUAUUAAUACGAAAGUUGAAUCCGUGGGUGGUUGUUGAUUCAUCUCUGUGUUCUUGCAUGCAUAAUGAGCCAUGAAUUCACACGCGAUUCAGUUAUGAAAUUUCUACCAGCUCAGUUUCCCUGAAUUUGAUGUAAAUGCCUUCUAAGAAAUUUCAUCCAUUCAAAGAUUUUCAAUCUGGCCAACUGCAGACAAGUUUUCGUGAAAUAUUCACUGCUCAUUACACAUGCAGGAAUGCCGAGGAUUUGAAUGUGACACUAGUUACGAGAACGACUAAUGGAUUCCUUUUUUUCAAAUAAUUAAUUCAUUAACAGAAUCUUGAGGGGUAUGCUUGACCUGCCUUGACUGUAAGACAAGAGUUCUGCUUAAAGUUGGUGGAAAUCCUUAGCCCAUGGCCCUUAGUGACAGCCCUGGUAUAAAGCAAUAGAGACCUUUAGAUUCUAAGACGAGUAAGACAACUUCUAACUACAAAGUCGUGCACGUGCGUGAACCAACAUCAUUUUGGUGGGAAAACGUGAUAGUCGUCGUCAUUCUGCUACAAGUUUUAGCAAGAAUGUCAUGUUAGUGGGACACAAGUUAUUAAGCGUUAUAGGUUUCACUAUUUUGCCGCUGGGAGAUAACUUAACCUACUUCAAUAAAGAUAACAGUGCUAAUUUUUUUGGACAAAAGGAUGUACAAGAAGCUGUCCAGGGUGUCUAUUAUUUGAGAAAACGUGAAAAAACUUUAAGUUAAAUCUCGUACUUGUAGUCUUUCUCGUCCUAGAAUCUAAAGUUCUCUAGUAUCUAUCCACAAAAUUUUACCCCAAAAUUUGCAUAUUACUCCUAUGCUAUUAGCAAACAGUUACUCCUGCCAUCAAAUAAAUAUAAUCAUUAUAUAUAGCCCAUGUUCAGCAGCAGCCUAGACAAAGUGCUAACCUCCUUUAACUUAUGUUAUCUUUUUUAAUCGUUGUAGGAUGUUGCAAUGAUUUUGGACAAGUUUCUGUACAAACAGGUAACUUAAGUACAAUAAUAUCAAAAUUAUAAUUGUAUUUCCUGAGAGAUGAUUGUUUCUAGCAUUAAGAAAAUUGAAGGCUAGAAGCAUUUUGCUGUAUUGCCAUCUAUUAUCGAUUUUCCUAUAGAAUUUUGUUGUGUCUAACUUUGUCUUGAGUGAAAGCAUUGCUUAGUGUACCAGUGCUUGUCAAUGCAUUCUUUUAAUGUAAUUCCCUAGAAAACAAACCUGUGAGACUGUGAUAGAUAAUUUUCAAAGAAACUUGGUUCAGGCUCUGGAAGAACAAUGCAGUGCAGUUGACCUGGUUCUCUUUUUCUUUUUCAGCAAGCAAUGUUCUUUCACACCCAUUUUCCAGAUGAAAGGAUAGGAUCAGAAGUAUUGGUAUAUAGCAGAGAAAAACCACCUGAAACUAAGGAAAAAGCUUAG